UUUUCAAUAUGGCGGCCAAUUUGAAUAGAAUGACUUUUAGUUUUUCGACUUUGGGACGCUUGUUGAGAGGUAGAACGCAAGAAUUCAUCAUUCCUCCUUCAUCAAGUGUAUUUCAAAGCAGGGAAUUUCAUUAUUCAGGAAUUGCAUUUGGUGGUCGUUUAAAGAGUGUAUGGAGAAGAAAACGUGCUCCAGCAUUGACAAGAUUAUGUCCAGAGAAACCAGAAAAAUUUAAAGCUCGUAAAGCGUUUGGUGGAGGUGAGAAGGUGAAAGUUACAAGAGCCAAAGCUGGAUCAUAUAUUUGGAAGUCUCAAGACAUUGAGUUUGAAACUCCAAUACUUGACGUUCUCUACAAUACGGCUCAUAAACACUUCAAUGAAAGGAAAAUAAUGGUACAAGGGACUGUCAUUGAAGUUGAUGGGGAACCAUUUAAGGCAUGGUAUGAAAAUAAGUCAUGUGGUGUAGAAAAGUCCACAAAUGCUAUGUGGGUGGAUGACAAAAUUUUGCAACAGCUGCAGGAUGGAAAAGUGUUAGCGAAAGUUUCUAGUCGACCAGGACAAGAAGGCAAAGUUAAUGGUUAUCUCUUGGAAGGACAAGAGCUUGAUGACUAUCUCGAACAGAUAAGGUCUAAUAAAAAUGAUUUGUUGUAGAUACUAGCCUUAUAUAUAGAUAUCAAAGUCUAUUACUAAGUAGCAGUCUUGCAUACAGGGAUUUUUAGGCUGUCAUGCCUUUAUCCAAUGAAGUCUAAUGCGGUCUAAAUUUAUCGUGGAAAUUGGAAAUAUAUACAGAAAGCCUUGAGUUGCUACAUAAGACUAACAAGCCAACCAAAGUUUGUGUAACAUCACAGGAAAUUUCAUUGACAUGGUUGCCAUUGGAUGUGUAAAUUUAUGUGUACUUAUAGGUUUAAACUCCUUUCCCAUGCUGUUUGUAAGAUUGGAAAGUGGACUAUUGUAAAAUUCUUUCCUGGUUGCCAGUGGUGUACGGGAGAGACAUUAAUUAGGGGGGCACAUACAUAUUCAUAUAUUCAUGUUAACAGACCUGUAAAGACAAUGGGUUUGAAAAGAAACUAAUCUUUCACAACAUGAAUAUAUGAAUAUGUGCCCCCCCAAUUAUCAUCUCCCGUACGCCACUGCUGGUUGCCCUAAGUUGUUUUUGACAUCUCUGUAUUAAUAAUUAGCAACUGAUAUUUGCAUUGAUUGGAUUGAUGGAUAUUGUUUUUUAUUACAGAAAACCAAAAUAAUUUUAUACA